CGCGGGGUUUCCGGGAGGACCGCCAAUCAUCUUCCCCACGCAAACUCAGUGGCCGCACUUUCAACAGGAUAAACUGGCCUCAGUCCCGCCCACUGGUUCCUCUGUGUUUUUUACGCGAAGGUAACCGAUGGGGAUUGGAACGGAGGCUGUUGAGCUGCCGCAGUUGCUGGCGUCUGAGGGUAGCCUUCGGUGGUCGUCGGCCUAAUGAGCGGACGGCAAAAAACGCUUUUCCAGACGUGGGGCUCAAAAGUUUCUCGGCCCACUGGGGCUCCGAGUUGCAACUCUGGAACUGAGCGGCCUCAGAGCACAGGCAUCUCCAGGGCGCGUUUUCCUGCAGUGGCAGAGGCCGCCGAGGUUGAGCCCGAAUCAGACGAUGAUGUGUUGCUGGUCGCGGUGUACGAAGCAGAGAGGCAGCUGAGUCUAGAGAAUGGCGGGUUCUGCACCUCAGCGGGCGCCCUGUGGAUUUACCCUACUAAUUGCCCAGUGCGAGACUACCAGCUGCACAUCGCCAGGACCGCCCUCUUCUGCAACACGCUGGUCUGUCUGCCCACCGGGUUGGGAAAGACCUUUAUUGCCGCUGUGGUCAUGUACAAUUUCUACCGCUGGUUCCCUUCUGGCAAGGUGGUUUUCAUGGCCCCCACGAAACCCCUGGUGACACAGCAGAUCGAGGCUUGCUACCGGGUGAUGGGUAUCCCGCAGUCCCACAUGGCCGAAAUGACAGGAUCUACUCAAGCUUUCACCAGGAAGGAAAUCUGGGGCAGUAAGAGGGUUCUUUUUCUGACGCCUCAAGUCAUGGUAAAUGAUCUUUCUAGAGGAGCUUGCCCAGCUGCUGAAAUAAAGUGUCUAGUUAUCGAUGAAGCUCAUAAAGCCCUUGGAAAUUAUGCUUAUUGCCAGGUUGUAAGAGAACUAGUCAAAUAUACGAAUCACUUUAGAAUCUUGGCUCUUAGUGCCACACCAGGUAGUGAUAUAAAAGCUGUGCAGCAGGUUAUUACUAACCUACUCAUUGGGCAAGUAGAGCUUCGUUCUGAGGACUCACCAGAUAUUUUGCCAUACUCUCAUGAAAGACGAGUUGAAAAGCUUGUUGUUCCCCUUGGUGAAGAGCUUGCAGCUAUCCAAAAGGCGUAUAUACAGAUUUUGGAAGCAUUUGCCAGUUCUUUGAUUCAGAGGAAUGUUUUGAUGAGAAAAGAUAUUCCCAAUCUAACAAAAUACCAGAUAAUUCUUGCAAGAGAUCAAUUUAGGAAAAACCCAUCUCCAAAUAUUGUGGGAUUGCAGCAAGGCAUAAUCGAGGGAGAGUUUGCUAUUUGUAUUAGUUUAUAUCAUGGUUAUGAAUUAUUGCAGCAAAUGGGAAUGAGAUCAUUAUAUUUCUUCCUCUGUGGAAUUAUGGAUGGAACUAAAGGAAUGACUCGGGCGAAAAAUGAACUUAGCCGAAAUGAGGACUUCAUGAAACUUUAUGGUCAUCUAGAGAGCAUGUUUGCACGUACACGUAGUACUUCAACAAAUGGUGUUUCUGUUAUCCAGAAAGGAGGUAAAGAUAAAAAGUUCUGCUAUAGUCAUCCAAAAUUAAAGAAAUUAGAAGAAGUUGUAGUUGAACACUUCAAGUCAUGGAAUGCUCGAAAAACGUCUGAUAAGAAAUGUGAUGAGACCAGAGUUAUGAUCUUCUCUUCAUUUCGAGAUAGUGUUCAAGAAAUUGCGGAAAUGCUUUUACCGCAUCAGCCAAUUAUUAGAGUAAUGACUUUUGUUGGCCAUGCCUCGGGAAAAAGCAUGAAGGGUUUUACCCAAAAGGAGCAACUGGAGGUAGUGAAACAAUUUCGUAGUGGUGGUUACAAUACAUUGGUGUCUACUUGCGUUGGUGAAGAAGGUUUGGAUAUUGGAGAAGUUGACCUCAUAAUAUGUUUUGAUGCCCAGAAGAGCCCAAUUCGUCUUAUACAGAGAAUGGGUAGAACUGGCCGCAAACGUCAGGGCAGGAUUGUUGUUAUCCUUGCUGAAGGACGAGAGGAACGUACUUAUAAUCAGAGUCAGUGCAACAAAAGAAGUAUUUAUAAAGCUAUUUCAGGUAAUAGGCAGGUCCUCCAUUUUUACCAAGGAAGUCCACGAAUGGUUCCUGAUGGAGUCAACCCACAAUUACAUAAGAUGUUCAUCACACAUGGUGUCUAUGAACCAGAGAAGCCUUCUCGAAACUUGCAGCGAAAGCCAUCUAUCUUUUCAUAUAGGAACGGAAUAAAGCAGAGUAAUUCAAAGAAUGAUUGGUUCUUAUCAGAAGAAGAAUUUAAAUUAUGGAACAGACGAUAUAGGUUAAGAGACACUGAUGAAAUUCAGGAAAUAAGAUUGCCUCAAGUUCAGUUUCUGUCUUUACACAAUGAAGAGAACAGACUAACUGAAGAACCAACCACUGGAAUUCAUCAGCUCUCUCUCUCUGAAUGGAGACUGUGGCAGGAUCAUCCUUUGCCUACAUAUCAAGUUGACCAUUCAGAUCGAUGUCAGCAUUUCAUAAAUAUUAUGCAAAUGAUAGAAGCAAUGAGACAUGAAGAGGGAGAAUGCAGCUAUGAAUUGGAAAUUAAAUCUUACUUACAAAUGGAAGAUGUUAGCUCAGCAUCUAGUGCUCCCAGAAAUGAAUAUAAUCCUUUUGCCAGUGGCACCUUUACAAGUAACAAGAAGUCUUCAUUUGCAAAGAAUAUAAAUCAAGGGAAAUCAGUCUCAAUGACAGAAUCUGAUGAAGAAUGUGCUGAAAUUUUUAAACAAAUUCCUGUCAAAUCUACCAAAAUUCCUUCUUUAAAAAAAAAGGCUUCUGAAAUCCUGAAAAAAGAUCAGCCUAAAAAAGAAAAUAAGGAUGUUGUCGUGGAGCCUUUAGAUACUGAUGGCAAUUCUACCGCUGAACAUAUUCUUCAGGUAGACCUACGAAAUGGUAAAAGAGCAUCAGAUACAGGUGAAGUCACUGCUACAUGUGCUGUCAAUGAAAAUGGAGGUAAUCCGUCAUGUGGAUUAUUAACAGAUUGUCAGUUUACAAAUAAAUCUACUAGUUCAUUUACUGGAAAUUUUUUUGAUUCUGGUUAUAACAGUUUCAGUGAUGAGAAAUCUUUUUCAUCUAGCUUAUUUCUUUCAUUUGAGGAUGAGCUUGAUAUAGCAAAAACAGGUGACCAAUUUUUUAAUUGUCAUUCAUUAACAAAAGAGGUGCUAGCUAAUGUAGAGAGAUUUUUAUCACAUUCUCCUCCACCUCUCAGUGGACUGUCAGAUUUGGAAUAUGAAAUUUCUAAGGGUUCUGCACUUGAAAGCUCAGUUUUUCUACCCUACUCAGAGUGCUUACAAAAUGAUAAAUCCACCAAUUUAAUGUCACAAUCAGCUGUAAAUUCUCAACAGAAUUUAGAAUUGAAUUCACCUAAGUUUAUUACUCAUCCUUCUGAAACAACUUGCCUUCAUGGUACAACUAAUGAUAAUAUUUCUGAUGAGCCAAGCUUCUGUGACUCUGAUAAAGUACAUAAAAAUAGUAAAAAUGAACAUUUAAUAUCCAGCAAUCAAAUUCAAAUAAACAUCAGCCCUUCAAAGGAUUUUGCUGAAGAAAAGAAACAUGAUGUUGAUAACAGUGACCUCCCAAUAUUGCAUACUGCUCAGGAUGAAAGUUUAUUAUUAUUUGAAGAUGUUAAUACCGAGUUUAAUGAUGUGAGCCCUCCUCCCUUGAACAGUAAAUGUGAAUCUUUAUGUAUAUCAGACAGAACUGCUGUAAGUGAAAUGGCACCAGUCUCUCAAUUCUUCAUUUCUGAUGAACUUUUGUUAGAGAAUGAUUCUGAACCCCAAGAUCAAAUUGUCUGUGAUACUAAUGUGACAUGGAAAUCUCAUGAAGGUUUGAGAGGUAUACCUGAGGAAAAACUGAAUAAUGAUGAAAACAGUUUUGACUGCUCUAAGGAUUUAUUUUCUGUUACAUUUGAUUUAGGAUUUUGUAGUACAGGUUCUGAGGAUGAAGUAGUGGACCAUGCAUCAGUUACAAAUAAUAAAAUUUUAGACAAUCUACCUGGAAGACAUUUAGACAUUAGGCAGAUAAAUGGCACAAAUUGUGUUUCAAAUCAAGCAGUCAUGUCAAGAGCCCAUGUUGAUACUUCUACAAGUGUAACAACUACUCACCCAUCAAGUGAAGAUAAGCAGAGUCCAGCUUUUUCAUGUUUUGCAAAGAAUGCGACAAAAAGUAAAGAAUUUAUGUCUCCUAGUUAUUCUCAGUUUUCAUUGCCAGCAGGAGAGAAAGUUAUGAGCACACCACUUUCUGAAUCAAGUGUAUUGAACUCAUUUUCUAAAACGAGAAUAGAAAUGGCUAAAAAGUCAGGUUCUAACAUAGGAAAAGUAGAUCUACACAGUUUCAAAGAAACAUUGAAUUCAACUUGUGAUUCAGGACUUUCUAUAGAAAAGUGUAAAAGCAAGAAACAAAUCAAUCUGCAUCAGUCCUGCCAUUCUACUGAAGAUGAACGAUUAUCAAGCCGUGAAAGUGAAGAUGAUGAGAUUUUCCGAAGAAAAAGUAAAAAAACAAAAGGAAAUGUUUUAGAAUCCCCAGAGAAUCAGAAAAAUAGCGAAGUUGAUUCUCCACUUCAGGUUGUCAGAAAGCGCAGGGUUCCUCCAAACAGAUUAGAUUUAUCAUCUAGUGAUGAGAGUGAUAAUUUUCACAAACGAGAUCCACUAUCAGAAGACUUAAAGGAUCAUAAGAGGAAUGCCAAAAGAAGCAUCAAAGUCCGAAAGAGACAGAAUCACCUAAAGCUCGUAGCUAGGAAGUUUUUAGAUGAAGAAGCAGAACUUUCCCAAGAAGAUGCAGAAUGUGUUUCAUCAGAUGAAAAUGAUGAGUCAGAAAAUGAACAAGACUCCUCACUACUUGACUUUUUAAAUGAUGAGCCUCAACUGUCACAGGCUAUAAAUGAUUCUGAAAUGAGAGCUGUUUACAUGAAAUCUGUGCGAAGCCCAUUGAUGAGCAAUCGAUACAAAAUGGUCCAUAAGAAACAUAACAACAUAAACAUUUUUUCCCAGAUUCCUGAGCAAGAUGAAACCUAUUUAGAAGACAGUUUUUGCGUUGAUGAAGAGGAGUCUUGCAAAAGCCAGUCGAGUGAAGAAGUUUGUGUUGAUUUUAACCUAAUAACUGAAGACUGCUAUACAAAUGAGAGUAAAAAAUAUAAAACCCGACGUGCAGUAAAGCUAAAACAAAUGAAGAUGAGACAAAAUUGUGCACGUUCAAAAAAUAAAUUAUCCAGAAUUAUUUUACUGGAUGAUUCAAGUGAGGAGGAACACGAUGUAAAGGAUAAACAAGAAUUCAGGAUUGUGGUUAACCCAAGCACAGUGUCUUCUGGGUCUUCAUUGCAGUCCAGGGACCACUCUAAUCCAGUUGGUAAUCAAUUGCUAAACCAGAGACAACAGACACCACCUAAUUUAAAGGUUCCCAUUUCUGAUGUCUCAGACUUCAAACCUCAGAACCAUACGAACAUGGAAUCUGCUUCAUCAUUGUUCACUGCGGUCAGUGCACAGAAAGACUGUGGAAAGUUUCCAGUUCAGUUGAAGGGCGCUACUGCUCUGGAGGAUUCUGGCACUUCUGUGCCAUGCUGUUCCAACCCGCGACCAUAUUUGGCUGACACACGUGCUUCUCUAAGACUGCCCCAGGAAGGCCACAGAACUUGUAUUCUUGUAGAUAGUCGUGAAAUCGUUUCUGGUUCAGAGGUAGUUUCUUCCCUAAGAGCAAUUCAUGGCUUACAGGUAGAGGUCUGUCCUCUUAAUGGUUGUGAUUAUAUUGUGAGUAACCGCAUGGUGGUGGAAAGGAGGUCUCAGUCUGAGAUGUUAAAUAGCAUCAAUAAGAACAAGCUCAUCGAUCAGAUCCAGUACCUACAGAGCAUGUUUGAAAGAAUAUGUGUGAUUGUGGAAAAGGACAGAGAAAAAACAGGAGACACAUCCAGGAUGUUUAGGAGAACAAAGAGCUAUGACAGCCUGCUGACUACCUUAAUUGGUGCUGGGAUCCGAAUUCUUUUCAGUUCCUGCCAAGAAGAAACUGCAGAUUUGCUAAAGGAAUUGUCUUUAGUGGAACAAAGAAAGAAUGUUGGCAUUCAUGUUCCAACAGUGGUGAACAGUAAGAAAUGUGAAACUCUUCAAUUUUAUCUAAGUAUUCCCAAUAUAAGUUAUGUAACUGCACUGAAUAUGUGUCACCAGUUUUCAUCUGUGAAAAAGAUGACAAACAGCACACCUCAAGAAAUUUCCAUGUAUGCACAAGUAACUCAUCAAAAGGCUGAGGAGAUCUAUAGAUAUAUUCACUAUAUAUUUGACAUGCAAAUGUUGCCAACUGAUCUUAACCAAGGUAGUAGUAAAUCUGAUACGUGAUCAGACUGCUCAGGUUGGGUUAUCAAAGAACAAUACAAAAUGCACUUCAAUAAUCAUUGCUGCAGUUUAUGUUGAAUACAUAUAUAUGAGAAUAUUGCCGUAUCUAUUGUUUUAUACUGUGUACAUGUUUAUAUAGAAUAUGUAAAUUUUGAAAACAUGUGUUUAAUAAUUAUUUUGGUUAAUUAGAUAAUGAAACUUUCUUAUUGAAUAAAAAGUUUAUUUAAGGUGCUGUGAAGAAAUAAAAGCUAGAGUGAAAGAUGUAUUUUAGGAAUUUUCCAAAGAUUAUAGUGGUGUCAUUGUCAUUUGUUAGCAUUAUAGGUUGAUGUAUCUGCUGCCAGCUUAAUGGUCGUAAACAUUUUUUCCUAUACAUAUACAAUAUUGAAUAGGUAUGGGUGGUAGGUGUAUUGAGAUAAUGCCCCAGGAACUAGGAGAAGUCAAAAAUUUAACUGAAUCCUAGUAGCUGUCAAAUUCUAGUAGUAUGAACUCCAGUCUAUACUACUUUUGUUGUUGUUGAAAUACCAAAGAAGUGAUAUACUGGAGUUGCAAAAUUUCAGUAUAGGUUGAGCUGUCAAAUGCAGGCUUUCAUUGUGACCCAUCACAUUGCAUCUGUGAUGCUACUAAUAUUUUAAGAUGGUUCCGUAUUAUUAUCUGCAACAUGAGUCUCUUCCUUCUAGUCAGUGUAGUGCUAAAGCAGUCUAUAAUUAUGGAUAUAUGUUUUCCCCACCUAAGGUCCUUUAUUCUCUGCCUUAUUUUUAUCUUCUAUUACACAUUGUUGGGGAGUUGAAUCAACCGAACAGCAGAGGGUUUCACUUAGACUCGGCAUGGCCUUCAAAGCUGAUCUAAUUCAGAUUGCUUUUCUCUUUCCUAUCAGACGAUAAAAGAGACACAGAAACAAGUGACUUCCUCAAGUGUAGACUGAGAAAUCUAGCUAACAGGAACCCAAGAACUAGAUAGUUUUCUUUCACUAAAAAAGCUACUCUGAUUGUGAACUUAGCUCCUUUGGGACAGUGUAAAUUCUAAAUUCUUCUAAAGCAGUUGAUCUCUUCUGCCUGCUGUUCAGUAAUUUUGUCAGACUUCUCCUUUACAGAGAGUAAAGGAAGUGAUAUAAAUUACUGGCUGGUGUGCAGUUUUCCGUAUAUCUCUCAGGAUCAGAUUCAUCCUUUAGGAUCUCACUGUGCAGCGGUGGAGUGGACGUUCUGAGCGUUUCCCCCUAGUGAGCAUGGUUCUCAGCUUCGUCAGGUAGGAGGAAAGGGGCUUCUCUUUCCGGCCCCAGCGUGCUGUGUCGCUGCCCCUCACACUGCGUGGGUCAGCGGGCGCGCUGGGUAGGGCCGUCUGGCGCAGCCCUGUGCCCUAGCUCCACCAGAAGCACGCAGCCCCCUCAGCAACCUCGCACUGCCGCGGACUGAUGGCUUCCCCACAGCCUCUCCCACGCAGACACCAGUGUCCCCAGAUGCUGUGUGCACGCUGCAGACAGAGUGUUUCCUAAAUGGACAUGGUUUGAGGGACAUAACUUAGAGGAUUUCAUUUACUUAUGCUUGCUGUGUAGAGACCUCUAUCCGUUUUUAAACUGCAACAGCCUCAUUCUAUAUUCCCACAGGUUGCACUUAUCAACCCUAUUGUUUAUCAAUCCAUCUUGUCUGCCUUUGAGCUCUCAAAGUCUUUCUCUUCCAAUUUGAAGUCUCCUUUGGAUGUUACCUUAAACCUUACUAGUUUAUCUAAUGACCCAAUGGAAAGAAAUGGGAGUAACCUGGUACCUGGCAGAUACUUGAUAGGUCACAGGGAAUAUGGGGAGUGGGGGUACCUUGUAGUUGACGUCAAGUGUAUGCUAUUUCAAAAUACCCUUUUUGUUUCCUAUUAUAGAAUUGAACUACCUUUUGAUUCCUAAAAUACUUCCAUUAACAUCAAACAGCACAUUAUUACACCAAAUAUUUGUAACUUAAAGUUCUACAGUAGUUUUUUUAGAGCUACUCUAACAUAACCCUUUCAUUUUUUUCAUCCUUCACCUAGCAAAAUUAUUUGUGGCAGAAACUAUCAUGGUAGUUUAAAGGAGAAUGAUCUCACUUUACCUGCACUAUUCUUUUUAAAUCUUGUGUUUCUAUGAAUUCUAUAGUUCUUUAGUAGCUGAUCAUUACUGACUAAAUUCUUAAGAAACAAAUGUACUUUUUUCUAUAAGUUUUGAUAUUUUUCAAGGAAAGAGCUGAAGCAUUAACCAAAAAGGUCAUUUUUUUCUAUGAUCCAGCAGUUAGAAAAACCAAUCAAAACACAAAUAUUAUUAAAGAAAAAACUUACUUUAUUUGAACAAACCUAACUGGAAAGGGUGAGUGAUGUACUAUAAACAGAGGGAAAAAAAUUUUCAUGUCAAAUUUAAAACAUAAUGACAGAAUAUGCUAAAAGAUGUUUAUUUCUAAAGAAGCUGUCCCAAAGGAAAACAGUGUUUACUAUGACAUGACAUAGUAACUUGACUUCUUACAGUAGUAAAUCUGUAACCUGAAUGUUUUGUCUAAUCCAGUCUUUUAAAUACUGAGACCAAAUUUUUGCUAUGUCUGCUUAAAAAUACAAAAUGUCUUCUCAUUCUAUUUAAUAAAAAUACUUAAAAGCAAUAAAUGAAAUUUACAUAGGUUUCACAGAUGUGCCAAUCACAAGUUUUAAGAAAAACAAUCAGGAGAAAGCAUGUCAAAAUGGUUUAAACAACGUGUAAUUAAAACAUUAGAUCUGACUUGUAUACCAACUGGUAACAAAUGCUAACCUAAAGUUUUCAUGAACUCAGUAGCUACAAUCUAUAUUCUAUUCUCCCCCAUCUCUCCAUUUAACAAUAGUAAUAUUUUCUUAAAUGCUU